CUUUCCUCCUGGAGUGCUGACGCGUCCAGCGGCUACGUGCUGCUCAGGAACACAGCGGAUUACUUAUGACACAUUGACAACAGACUUCACCAUGUUUCUGGGCUUUUUAUUCCUGGGGACCCUCUUUUCCCAGGUCGUGUGUUACUUUUCGGAGGAGAAGUAUCCGGAGGAGUCGAAAAUGCAGCCUCCCACCGUCGUUAUCGCCAUCGUAGCCAGAAACGCCGCUCACUCGCUGCCGUACUACCUCGGAGCUCUGGAGAGACUCAACUACCCCAAAGAGCGCAUCUCUGUGUGGGCAGCCACGGAUCACAACUCUGACAACACCACAGCCGUACUGAAAGAGUGGCUGACUGUCAUGCAGAAGUUUUACCAUUUAGUGGAGUGGAGACCCAUGGAAAAGCCCUCUUACUACGCAGGAGAGUUUGGUCCUAAACAUUGGCCCAACAGCAGAUACGAGUAUGUGAUGAAGCUGAAGCAAGCAGCACUCAACUUCGCCAAGAAACACUGGGCUGAUUACAUCCUGUAUGCCGAUACGGACAACAUCCUCACCAACCCAGAAACCCUCAACCUAUUGAUCGCGGAGAACAAGUCAGUCAUCGCCCCCAUGUUAGACUCGCAGGGAGCAUACUCCAACUUCUGGUGUGGCAUCACCCCACAGGGAUAUUACCGUCGAACAGCAGAGUACUUCCCGACCCGCCACCGUCAGAGACUGGGCUGCUUCCCCGUGCCUAUGGUCCACAGCACGCUGCUGCUGGAUUUGAGGAAGGAAGGGAUGAAGAAACUGGCUUUCUACCCUCCUCAUAAAGACUACUCAUGGCCCUACGAUGAUAUCAUCGUUUUUGCCUUCUCAUGCCGCUCUGCAGCAAUUCAGAUGUACUUGUGCAACAAGGAGCGCUACGGGUACUUAAACGUUCCAGCUAAACCCCACCACACUCUGGAGGACGAUCGCCUCAAUUUUGUCCAUGUGCAUCUCGACUCCAUGAUUGAUGGUCCCCCCAUGCGUCCCUCUUCAUUUGUUCACAUGUUUCAAAAACAGAGAGAUCUCAUGGGAUUUGAUGAGAUAUAUCUGAUCAAUCUGCGACGCCGGCAGGACCGCAGAGAUAGGAUGUUGUUUUCCCUGAACGAGCUGGAGAUUGACGUCAAGGUGGUAGAUGCUGUGGAUGGAAACGCGUUGAACAGCAGUGACAUUAAGAUCUUGGGCGUGGACCUGCUGCCGGGCUACUAUGACCCGUUCUCUGGACGCACCCUGACCAAAGGAGAGGUGGGCUGUUUCCUCAGCCACUUCUACAUCUGGAAGGAGAUUGUGGAUAUGCAGAUGGAUAAGGCCCUGAUUUUCGAGGACGAUAUUCGUUUCCAGGCCAACUUUAAGCGACGAGUGCUCAGGCUGAUGGAGGAGGUGGAGCAGGUGGAGUUGGACUGGGACAUCAUAUACUUGGGCAGGAAGCAGGUGAACCCUGGAAAUGAAGAGCCGGUGGAGGACGUCCGUAACCUGGUGGUGACCGACUACUCGUACUGGACUCUGUCGUACGCCAUCUCUCAGCAGGGAGCCCAAAAACUGCUCAAUGCGGAGCCGGUCUCCAAAAUGCUGCCCGUUGAUGAAUUCCUGCCGAUCAUGUACGACAAACAUCCCAACGAGGACUAUAAGUCCCAUUUCCUCAACAGAAAUUUACAAGCCUUCAGUGUGCGCCCCCUCCUGGUAGAGCCAUGUCAAUACGCGGGGGAUCCCCAGUGGGUGAGCGACACCGAGACUUCCACUCUGUGGGACGAUGACGCGGUAAGGACUGAUUGGAGGGGCUCUCACAAGACCCUGAAAGGGAACGCGGCGGCUCCCGAGAUGCUGUCGGCUGCUUACAGGGAUGAACUCUAGUUGACUGCAGGUGGAGGUGUGGAGAAGCUGCAGAUCCAAAGGAGAAAAAAGACACUGAUGCCGACUUCUUUGUUUUCCCUUCUCUACGACGUGAAUAGGCUCAGUGUUUUAAAGUGGACGUUGAGUUCUUCAUAGUAAAUUAAUAAAACGAUCAUUCAAGGUACGUGAUUAUUGUUUCCUAAAGGGGAAAGCAACAAAGGCAGACUUGUACAAAUGUCCGAGCAUAUCAAAUGCAUUUAAUUGCACAAGAUAUUUUACUUCGACAAUCCAUGUUUUGAAUGUUUCUAACUUGCUAAAAAAAAUAAAAAAUAA